UGACGAACGAGGAAGCGAUCACGGAUGCAGAACCAGGCUGACGCUUUUCGUCACUCGCUGACUGUCACGAAUAAAUCACAAUUAGCCUUAAAUUCAACAUGUUGAAGGCAGUAAUUUUAAUCGGAGGGCCUCAGAAAGGCACAAGAUUCAGACCACUAUCAUUUGAAGUUCCCAAACCACUGUUCCCAGUGGCAGGAGUGCCAAUGCUGCAGCACCACAUCGAAGCUUGUGCCAAGGUACAAAACAUGAAGGAAAUCCUGCUUAUUGGAUUUUACCAGCCAAACGAAGAGUUGAACAGAUUUCUUUUAAAUGCACAACAGGAAUUUAAAAUUUCCAUCAGGUAUUUGCAGGAGUACGCAGCUUUGGGCACAGGAGGAGGCAUCUAUCAUUUCAGAGAUCAGAUUGUCUCUGGUAAUCCAGAAGCUUUCUUUGUUCUCAAUGCGGAUGUGUGUUCGGCAUUUCCACUCCCAGAGAUGCUGAGCUUCCAGAAGGAACAUGGCGAGCCAAACAGUUUUGUCAUUCUUGGUACAACUGCAAAUAGAAAACAGUCCCUGAAUUAUGGAUGUAUUGUUGAAAACGAGGAAACAAAUGAGGUCCUGCAUUAUGUGGAGAAGCCCAGCACGUUUGUGAGUGACAUCAUCAACUGCGGAAUCUACCUAUUCAACCCCGAUAUCUUCCAGCACAUCGGCACUGUCUUCCAGAAGAACCAGCAGGAUAUGUUGCUAGAGGAACCGUCCAACGGUUGGCACAGAGCGGAAGCCAUUCGUCUGGAGCAAGACAUUUUCACGGCCCUGGCAGGACAGGGCAAACUCUUUGUUUAUAAAACCCUCAGCUUCUGGAGCCAGAUCAAGUCUGCAGGAUCUGCCAUAUAUGCCAGCCGAUUGUACCUGAACCAGUACCACACCAGUCAUCCAGAGCGGCUGGCGUCGAAUAAAGAGGGCGGGCCCAAAAUCAGUGGCAAUGUUUAUAUCCACCCGACUGCCAACAUUGACCCGACUGCCAUGCUGGGUCCAAAUGUGUCCAUUGGCACUGGUGUGACUAUUGGUGCUGGGGUCAGAGUUCGUGAGUCGAUCAUUCUGCAUGGUGCCACUCUGCAGGACCACUGCUGUGUGCUGAACAGCAUCGUGGGAUGGGACAGCACCAUUGGAAAGUGGGCGAGAGUAGAAGGAACCCCAAGUGACCCCAAUCCCAACGAUCCGUUUGCCAAGAUUGACAGCGAGACUCUGUUCAGGGAAGGAAAGCUGACGCCAUCCAUCACGAUACUUGGUUGUAACGUGACCAUUCCCUGCGAGGUGAUUAUCCUCAACUCAAUUGUCCUCCCGCACAAAGACCUCAACCGCAGCUUCAAAAACCAAAUUAUUCUCUAGUUAAUCUCCCCCCCCAACGCCAUUUCCACUCACUGUCACCGAUGAAGGAUGCUGGCAGUCACAUGUCGCCGCCGCCUCUGAGUUACUGUAUAUAAGACGUCAAGAGAGAAGAUGUGAGACGUUCAUUCAAUUGUUGGGGGAAAUACAUUUUUUAUAUAUUUGCCCUCCAGGCUUUUACGCGUCAACAAAGCGUCUGCAAUAUUGGAGAGAAACUAAUCACCCGGUUUGAUUCACCUUGAGAAACGCAGUCAAGCACCAGGGUUAAUCAUUCAGUGUUUUAUUGACUUAACAGUGUCACAUUACCACAUUCUAAUAUAUUUGUAAUAUGAUAAAAAUUGUUUAUGGAUGACCCCGUUUUGCUUCUCAAGGCCGUUCUUGUCAAACUUCUGGAUGAGAAUUACUAGAGAUUAAAAAAAGUUUUUCCUCACUGUUUAUUAACAGCAGCUCUGAUGAAAACCUUUUAAAUAAACACACGAGCGCCAGGAUUUACAUUGCAAUCAAAUAAUGCUGCUUUUCAAAUGGGAUAUUAGCGAGUCGGAGGAAGGGGAAAGUGUCCUUUUCACAAUCAAGAGAAGAACUUUUCCAAUUUAUGGCAGCAGCUUAUUAACAUUUAAUUAUUGAGGCCCGGAGCACUCGGGAUAAUUCCUGCGCUUUUGUUUCACUUGUUACACCAGCAGUGUUGUGGAGAAAUGGAAAUGCAGCAUAAUGCAUGUUAAUCCACGCCAUGCACACGCUGCUGAAAAAGUUCUGCGUGUGUGGAAGAGAAGUUCAUUUAAAGUGUCUGCGUCACUGUGGUCUUGUUUCAUAUUCAUCCGCGCGUCUGAGAGCAGCCAUCGCUUCCUCCCACUUCAUCAGUCAAUCUGGAUCUGGUUGCUGUUGGCCUCGCGCUUUUAAUCUGAAAUCAUUUUCCUGUCACGUUGUCCGGGUUGUUUUGUCCCUGUGAGGAUUGUCAAGAGAAAAGCGUGUUGCAUCUCAUUUGUUUUUCUCACUCAAGUUGUCAAUAAUUUAUUGUAGUAAUAAUCAUGACAAUACGAAUUUGUUUUGGAUUUUUUUCAAAGAAAAAAGAGUUCUACUAUUUUAAAUAAUCUAUGUCUUCCGUAAUGAAAACAACUGAACCGUAGACUGGAACACUAGUUGGAAUACUGCCUGAAUUUAACGCGUAUCAUCAUCUAAAAUAAACAAAAUAUGAGCAGUAAUUUUGCGAUCAGUUUAUAAUAUGGUUUUCAUAAAAAAUGAGAAAAGAAUAGGAAUGUGAUGAAAUAUUGGGAUGAUGAACAUGUGUUUAACAAUAACAAUAAUAUUACAUUGGUGUGUCCUCCACAAUAGAAACAACAAAGCCUUGAAGUGGAACACCGAUUUGGUGGCGCUGUUGUACCACACAGUGAUGGAGGAGGUGAGGAUGGACUGGAUGAUGGCUGUGUAGAACUCCACCAGCAACUGCAUCCUAGUUUUCGUAGCUGCCUCAGGAAGUACAUUCACCAGCCGCUCCACCUCCCUCCUGUAAGCCGACUCAUCUCCAUCUGAGAUGAGCCCGAUGAUGGUGGUGUCAUCCGCAAACUUGAUCAGCUUCACGGACUGGUGGCUGGAGGUGCAGCAGUUAGUGUACAGAGAGAAGAGCCAUGGAGAGAGAACACAGCCCUGAGGAGACCCGAUGUUGAGGGUCUGAGUGUCGGAGACAGUCGUCCCCAGCCGCACACACUGACUGUGGCUGGUCAGUAAAGUAAAAAAUAAAAUAAACAUAGCACAGUCUCUAGAGAUUCACCUGUGACGUCUCACAUAAAAUUAAAUGUUUCCAGUUGUCCUUUUGACAGAAUAAUUGCUGCACUCCGCAAGGUUUUUCUAUUUUUGCUUCCUUGAAGUGGUAUAUAAAAACGUGUCUGAAUUAAAAUGAUUUAAUGCUUCAUGUUUUCACAUCAUGUACGCUGAAGGUCUCAUCAUUUUGAUUCCAAAUUCAUUGUCAAUCCAUGUGAUCUGUAUCAGUGAUCAGAUCGGAGCAUCCCUAAUGUUUAGCCAUGUAUUUCAAAAAGUUUCUGCGCUCAUCUUUAUUAGCCUCGAGCUGUGGAAGAGGCAUUGCUGGGACAAAAAUACAUCCAGGACUUGUUAAAGACAAGGUUGUGUCAAAAGUGAUGGAACGCUGUACUUCCCUGCGCCAGGUUCGACUUGGAGUAAUUGCCCCUAUAUGGGAGUUUCCUGACGCAGCAUCGCUAGGGGUCCCAAUAGGGGCUAAUUAAAGUACCAAUACCAGAUGAUGCACAGGGUUACUGCCGAUUGAACGGUUGACAUCGCUGUUAGUGAGCGUUUGCCAAACACCAAGAUGAACCUCGGAGAGUGUGUGUGUGUGUGUGUGUGUGUGUGUGUGUGUGUGUGUGUGUGUGUGUGUGUGUGUGUGUGUGUGUGUGUGUGUGUGUGUGUGUGUGUGUGUGUGUGUGUGUGUGUGUGUGUGUGUGUGUGUGUGUGUGUGUGUGUGUGUGUGUGUGUGUACGUGUACACACGUACUUGCACGACUAUCGUUUCAUGAGCACGUGUAAAUGUAACGGUCCUGACUCUGGUCACUCAUUGUGCACACGUUCACAACAUGAUCAGUGAGCACAAGGAAGACUUUUUUUUCUUGUUUUGUUUGUCGCGUAAUUCACCGCGAUCAUUUGCCACAAUCCAAGUGGCUCCUUUUGCCCGCAUGUGCAAAACAUGGCAGGAUUUUAAUGGACGUGCGAUGCCGGACGUGCCGCGGCAUCAUCUUCUAUUGAGAAUCUCAACCGUCACAACACCACAAAGUAGCCCGACUCUUCUAUCCAAGUAUGUCCCUCCCUGUAUUCCCUCAGCACAUCGCCCGCUGUGUUUUAUCCCCCUCAUUCACAGCUUACAUAAUCAGUCCAGUGGCUGGUGUCGGGUUUGUGUUCCUUGCUGGGGUGUCGGUGCUCUGUAAAUGAAGCCUGAUGAAAGUGGAAGUGUUCCUAUUACCUCCUCAGACGCUCUAAUGUGUCCAAAUGCAUUGUAGUCACAUCGUUUCUAACAGGAGUUCUCACUCUUGUUAAAUGUAUGAAAGGCAGUCGAUCCGAGGAAACAGGGAUAAAUUGGUGCGGACGAUGUGAAGCCUGUCCCGCUUUUCACAUCAGCUGGUGUUUACCGGCUUCAGUAUCGCGUCAGAAUAGUAAAUACUGCUAAGUGCUUUCCUGCCGAAAGACAUUUCUGGCUACUUUUAUUUUUCAUUAACAGAACGUUGUAUGUCUUUCCGUACGAAAGACUACGAUGGUGAAUACAUGAUUCAUUUUUAUUCCAAGUAAGAAUGUUCCUCAGUCAGAAGAUGAGACGUGAAAGCGAAUUCAUGAACUUGAUAUUCUUUGAACAAUGUUUGAAUGUUCAACAAAAUAUGUUAAAAGUGAUGCCUGAGGCCUUUUCCACAUGAAUAUGCACCUUUUCAAUUCCAUCUUUUUUUUCAACAAUGAAUACUACAUUCCACACAAAGGUUAUGGGUUAGUAUUUCUCAGGUUAGUCAAGGGGACGUCAGUCCUGUGGGUGGUGCUGUCUAUCGCUGUAUCCUACUGCAAAGUUAUGAUUAUGUGAGAGGUGUCUAAGUGCUCCGAGAUGUUUGUCUUUCCGUGUACCAUUUUUGUUUAUUUUGCGACGUACAUAAUGCGAAGUACUGGGUUAAACUCUGCUUCUACUUUAGCAUGCCUCUGACUACUCUUUGCUAUUGGUAUACAUUGUUAGAUCACACCAAGCGUCAACAGUACUUCAGAGGGUUUUCACUAGUGAUGAGGCUUCAUGAAACUUCUCAUUCUCCUCAUUUUCAGAGCUCACUAGGUGACGAGAGUUUCUAUUGGGCUCUGGACAUUAGGGCACUGUUUCAUGAAGCCUCAUCAGCCCUUCCCUAGCUUUCACCUUCUCACCAGGCGAUACCAUUGGCAUGUGAGGUGCUGCAGAAAGGAGUUACUAGCUCAACAGGCGAGGCUAUGACAUCAUCAUUUUCCAAAACAUUGAACAGAUACAUUGGUAAAGAUGUGUUUUGGCUUCUAUCUCCACUGUUAUCAGGUUUCAGCAUCUUGUGAAUUCCAUGACUAAGAUGGAUUUGGGCGGAUAAACACAACAGCUCGCACGGAAUGAGCCAAUAUGGCCGACGCAUUCUUACUGCAUUUUUUUGAAACUUGACAUUAAAUGUAAACAUUCUUGAUCUUGAUAGGUGAAAGAGUUUCACACCGACUUAGCCGUGUUUGAUCGGCUUUCCGAUUUGCUUGGUUCCGAGUCCGUUCUUUACAACCAGACAAUGGGUUAAAACCUUUAUUUUCAGCGAGACUUUGACAAACCGUCUUCUUCACUGCAGCGCCUGAAGCAACAUCUGAUAUUGUAAAUCAUUUGUUUUCAUAUUCACAGCAGCAAUUGUUUUGGUGUUUGAUUUUCUUCAGCAUUUUACGCCGUGGAAAUAUUUAUAAACCGCAGGCAGCCCUGUCAGAAUAUUCCACAGCCUCAUCUUGAUCUGAGGUCACUUCAAUUUAUCCUGGGAAACCUUUGACAGAGCCGCAGCAAACAAACACCGGUUUCCUCGGCGUAAACAAUUAAUCCGACUGGCCUCCCAGAAGGAAGCGUGAAUCAAUCUCAUUACUAAUUGUUAGGAGCAGCUAAAAUACCGACGUGCGCUUCGCACUUGAUGUGCUGUGAUGAAUUAUCAAGUAGGUCAGCAGGAACGUCUGACAGUCUUGACAACUGUUCGCAGAUUUGGGAGGGGAUUAUUAAUUUACAUUGUUUCCAUAAUGAAAUAUUCAACAUUGGAAGACUUUUUCAAGUUGAAAUACAUAUAUAUUUGUAACUUUUGCUCCAACAUAUUCUCACUGCAUCACAUAUCGACAUACGUCAAGAGGACUUGGUGACGCAGAACCCUGUUGGCACAUCAAUGUUUAAGAGAAAAAAAUGGUUGGGAUUAGCAAACCCUAAGGAGCCGCUCUUCCGAUACUCUUUCAUGACACUUGAAUAUACUGUAUAUUGUACCCCACCUGAUCAUGAGGCUCAUUGAUAGUUUGCGGUGUUUGGCUCCGUGAGUCAAGCCAGUGGGCACAUAAUGGUUGCUUACAAUGGUCAUCUCAAAGUUUCCUUUUCCCAUCCGAAAUGCUGCGAGAGGGGAAACCAAUGACUCAUUUGGAAUGCCUCUGCGUCAACCUGUAAUGCGUAAUGCCGACAUUUAAAGUUUUCUUGACAGUAGUUGAUAUGUUAUGCCUUAGGUGUGGGAAUCUGUUGGCAUUGGUCUGUCGUGGCGAAGAAGGGUGUCAGUUACCAUCUCCGCCUAAAUUCUGACUUUCGCCUUGCGGUCACCGACUUUAUAUGACUGAGAAUACACAGACAAGAAUGUAGGCUUGGCUUGAGAGAAACUUCUAAGUAGGAAGUUUCAUAGUUUCAAACUGCUCAUACUAGUGGUCAAGUUGUGUCUAGAAUCUUGGUUGUUAUUUUAGGAUAGCAGUCCAGCCAUGUAGAGAGAUGCAAUGUAGAGCCGUUGGAGAGAAGCCCAAUUGAGGUGACAGCUAGUCAGGAUGUCCCGGGGACAUCUCCUUGGAUCUAGGGGUCGACCAAUAUGCUUUUUUUUUUGUGCAGAUUCCGAUAUCUAGUGGCUUAGGAGAGCCAAUAACCGAUAUUAGGCCGAUAUUCUGGGUCGAUAUUUGUCAGAUUUGGCUCUAGUAUUAAUAUUGUGGCGAUAUUAAUUUGUUUGCAAACCUUCCAUGAAAAAAACAAUGUACAUUCUUGUACAGAAUGGUUUUAUUGCUUAAGUUGGACCGAAAAAUGUUGACUGACUGACUUGCAAAAAUGGUUGAAUAAGCCCUACGAACGAAUGUGAUGCAGUCAGUGGCCUAGCUAAAGGAUUAAUGAAGAAAAGUAGAAUCAAAUCUAUCACUGAUGAAAACAUGAACAGGAAAACGUUAACAAAAACAUUAAGUGGCUGUGUAUUUCACUUUGCCAAAAGCAUGAAUGAGCGGCCGGCUAUAUUCUUAACACAAGAGGGCGCAAUUGGGCAAAUAUCGGCGGGGACCAAUAUGAUGGAGGCCGAUAAGUGAAAAAUGGCCCAGUUUUGUUGUUUCACACCGACCUGAAGAGGGCCAGAUUAGCGCAGACAAAUGGCCGAAUGUGGCCCACGUGCCAUGUGUUGACUAAAGCAAUGGUCAGAGAUGAGACCCCUAUGAUUCUGUUCUUCAUUUCUGAUCUUUCAUGUUCUCCCACGAUAACCAAAACCAGAUGAGCUUCAUGGAUAUUGUUCACUUGCAUCUAGCGUGCUUCGUGCUCGUGCUGGACGCCGGCUCCACUCUGGGCACAUGCCCAGCAAUGUUUCCACCUGAGAGCACAGGUGUGGAGGCAGCAUCUGUGCGCUAAGAGGAAGAUGAGUAACACAGGCCUAAAGGUCUGACAAAUGAGCUGUCAAAUAGAAAGUGACAUCUCGCGCCGUUUUAACUCAUAGAAAAAUAGCUGGGGCUGUCGGCGUCGGAGAGAAUGCUAAUGUUUUUCUAAACUUUGCUGUAAGACCCCAGAGGUGCUCACUGUUGUUCCAGAGCAUGGUUGGCCAAACAAUGAUGUCACCACUGGAAAGGUUUGACCUCAAAACAGAAAGAAGAAGAUCUUCUCGGUUCAAAGGCUCAGACCACAUUGACCAUCUCCUCCGAACGAGACUUUGUUUGCCACACCACAGUAAAGUCAACAGUCGCAGUCAGAGGUCCAACUUCUGAGUGACGCUCCCUCCAGUUUGAAAGUCGUGACAGUGCUGUGCUCACUGCUCAUCCUUGACACUCCAGUUUGUAUUUUUGGGCCUUUUCACUGUGAGCUUUGGCAGGUUGCAGACGGCGGUGCCGAGCCAAGCCAGAAUCCCCCAAAUGAAAACAGUCUUAGUUCCACUUCUCAGCAAACUCGACUUUCAUUCACUCCCCAGCCGGUCAAACUCCUCCAGCGCUGGAUUUGACACAUGAAAAGAGUCGUCUAUUAGAGCAGAGAGCCGUAUGAACACUUGUUAAAAAAGUCAGAAGUAAAUUAUGUGUAAUUAAUCACAAAGGAGGAGGAAUAUUUGUUGAGAGCGAAGGCUAAUGCGUCUCUUACAGCCGGCUGCACAUCAGAAAUGACAUUGACUCCCAAGUGGUCGACUUGGAGACGAGCUUUUGGUCAUCAGUCUCUUUUUAGUUACAGUCACGGAGCAUAACUGCUUAUCAGCCUGAACCUUGUCCCCUGCCGUAGCAACUCCAAAACAUGGGAGAUGAGGCAACUCUGGAAGAGCAAACAAGAGCGUACAAUUAUUUACUGACUUUAUUUCGUUCACUAUUCCCCUACAGUUAGAACAGUAAUCUACAAGAGGCUGAUAUAUUUGCUUCUCGACUGGCGUGUGUCGUGCAACCGCUUCCAGUGGUUGCGCUUAUGUGCCGUUGACGCCGGUCGAGGGAGUAAUCUCUAUUAAUGUCCUAGAGAUUCAAGUUCUCGGUCUUCGUGUUCUGACUCGCAUGUCAUCGCUAGUCUAGGAAGACUCCGCCUUUUAAGGUAGACCAUUAAGGACAGCCCAAACUGCAGGGAUCAAAAUCCCUGUGGAGAACCCUGAGCUUCACGUGUUUUCCAGAGUGUCCUCCUUGGGUCCCGGUUUCAUUGAACAGCCUUUCUGACAUAGAACGUGGAUCACAAGUCUCCAUUCGCCCAUCCUGCCUUGGAAACCACUUUUCCUGCUGGACUACUGAAACAUUCCCUGGACAAAAGAGAGGCGACUAGAAGCCUACCUCUAUCAGUGUCUUAAAACAUGACGUUGCGUCGUUCCUCUUGAGCACAGCUGUGUUAUUGAGAUCCAAAAGUUUCAUGAAACAGUGUCAUCAUUUUCAGAGCUCAGUAGGUGGCGCUCUCAGUCUAAAAAAAAAGAGGUUUCAAUGAAAUGCUUGUUCAAAUCCAAAGACAAUAGAGUAGAUUGCACCAUCUAGUGGGCUUUGACAAUAAGGGCACUGUUUCAUGAAACUUUUGGAUCUUAUCUGUCUAUGUUGCAGCUUGUUUGACUGGAACUAAAACCCUUUUGGCAUUCAGCUCUUGAGCCUCUUCACUUUGCUAUAGAGGAGUCCAGACACAACCUUUCUAUCUGAGAUCUUGUUCUUACGGUUGCGACGGCUGAUGAAGCUUCAUGAAACUGUCCUUAUUUUUUAGAGCUCAGUAGGUGGUGCGAUCGCUUUAAAGACGAUUAGAUGUUCAACUGAAAUGGUGGUUUAACUCCAAAGAUUUUAGAGCAGAGCGAGCCAGCUACUGAGCUUUGAAAAUUCGGACACUGUUUCAUGAAGCCUCACGAGCCCAUCACAUUUGUUUUUGUGGUAAAUCCAGAGCUCCGCCUUUUGCCGCUGCUCCUUUUUAUGUUGGACUUUCUUGGAGCUGAUCCUCAUCUCUGCUGCUUGUGUAGUGAGGUCAUCCUCACUCUGUAUUCCAAAACUCACUCAGCGGGGCAAGUAAAAAAAAAAAAAGAAUCAAAAGUGCCUCGGAAUUAUUGAAGGUGCCAUAACUAAUAAUCGUUGAGAAAAACACCCCGGAUUGCUUGUUUUUCUCUUUCUUCCAGUUCAUGACCCGGCUCUGCUGGAGAGGAGUGGAGGAAAACUAGUCAUACAUUAAAUUAGUUCUGCCGCGCCUGCUCGACCCCAAUGCUCAGAUCAAGUGGCCAAACUUGCCGGCUACACGGUCACACCAACUAAAGAGCAGAGGGACCAAACACCCGUGCAGCUGAGCGCUGCCUCGUCAUGUGCUUCUGCAAAGCUGCUUGGUCUUUGCCGCGUGAUAGAUGCCGCUACAGAUGUGUCAUCCUGCAAUAUUUAUAAGACGUGCACGCUCUGCAUCCACGGCACCUUGGUGCUGGAGCUCCGCAGCGGACAGUGCCGGGCUCUUAUGCUAAUGCCGGACAGCAGAGCCAGCUAGGAUCAUGAAUACGGGCAACAUUUCAAGUGAAAAUAGCAGAAGAAUAUUUAUAUGACGGAAGCCUUUGAAGAAAAGUAGCGUGUUUUGACGUUGCUGGUGAAGGGUUACUGUUGAUACCAACAAAAACUAAAGGCAGACAGUCUCAUAUUUCUCUUUAAACCAUUGGAAACUGACCAAUUCUAGGAGGUCCUGCUGAGGAUCGUUUUGAAUUUGGGCCCCUUUGUGAGACUAGUUUCGGCACCCCAGAGCUCAAGCGUGGUUGUCCAGUAGAGGGCACUGUGGGUGUUCUUCCAGUCACCAGGUCUGUGAGCCACUGAAUGUUUGAGCAGAGCUGUGUUGGGUGUUUGCUUGACUUUGUGUCGCUCAGUAAAUAAUCUGCAGAGCGGCAUUAAAGGCAGUUUUCUCCUCUCGCACCUGCAAGGACAGCGAAACACGCAUUUGAAACACACCACAUUCUUAUUGAUUGGACAAACACUUUCGCGGUGUGCGGUCAGUGGAGAGAUGUGGAUUCAGUUUUUGAUGUAUUUGGACACCAACUCUUGUCACUAAUACGUCGGUUCAGUCGUCGACAGCUUUCCAUUUCUGUAACUCGCGAAUCCACCGUUUCACUCCUGUCUGAAGUAAAGAUUUUUUUAUUUUUAUUUUUUAUAGAAACAAAAAAAGCACUAAACAUUUGUAACAAGACAUUUACCUGUGUACAAGUGAGAAUUAUAUUAUUCAAUCUUUAUUAAAAAACUACUACCACGACAGAUAGUAGUACCAUUUUUCCCUCAAAUUAAUAAGUGACUUAAAUAAAUAAUUCUAUAAAUCUUCACAACAGUUACUUCUCAAGAACAGACUUUCACAAAUCAAAAUGUGAUCCCUACUUUGAAUUUAGACACAAAAAUGCAAUGCUAUUUUUUCAUUUUUUUGGGGGGGUUUGGGCAGCUUUGUGUGAUUUUUUUUUCCAUUUUUUACUUCAUUAUUAUCUGAAUAUUUACUUAAAUAAGUAUAGUAUUAUUUAUUUGUUUAUCAAAUACCAGAAUUUAUUUUUAUUUUAUUUUUUAUUUCUUUUAUUUUCAUUUUUAUUUAGCAGUAGUAGUACAACAUCCGAACACAUUAUAUUUUCAAUAGCCAUUUUUUCCCUUACUACCCUUAGUAUUAUUUAGUUGUUUAUGAAAUUCCAGAAUUUAUUUUUAUUUUUAUUUAGCAGUAGUAGUACAACAGCCGAACACAUUAUAUUUUCAAUAGUCAUUUUUUUCCCUUACUACCCGUAGUAUUAUUUAGUUGUUUAUGAAAUUCCAGAAUUUAUUUUUAUUUUUAUUUUUAUUUUUAUUUAGCAGUAGUAGUACAACAUCUGAACACAUUAUAUUUUCAAUAGCCAUUUUUUUCCCUUGCUACCCAUAGUAUUGUUUAGUUGUUUAUGAAAUUCCAGAAUUUAUUUUUAUUUUUAUUUUUAUUUUUAUUUAGCAGUAGUAGUACAACAUCCGAACACAUUAUAUUUUCAAUAGCCAUUUUUUCCCUUACUACCCUUAGUAUUAUUUAGUUGUUUAUGAAAUUCCAGAAUUUAUUUUUAUUUUUAUUUAGCAGUAGUCGUACAACAUCCGAACAUAUUAUAUUUUCAAUAGCCAUUUUUUUUUUUUAAACACAGUAUUUUCAGUAGCCUUUUUUUUUUUUUCAAUUUCACCCCCCUCUCACUCCCUCCCCCUCAUGCUCACUGAGCGGACGACAACACGGGCACCGGUUUGCGUUCCCCUGUUUCCAUCCGAGCAGGUGAUAUCCCGACCCUCUCUGUGUUUCCCCCCGGGAGCCAUUACCAGGUUUGCUGAUGCAGGAAAUAGAUUCAUUGUAGAAAAUAAUACUGUUGAAUAAUUAAUCGUAUUAAAUCAACAGCAAACACAGCGGCGGCACAAAGAGGAGGCGCAGGUAAAAUGUUAAAUUGUGCUUUUAAAAUGCUGUUGGAUGCUUGUGAAACUUAAAGGAUAAUCAAUAUCAAGCCGGAGGCCUGCGGUUUAAAUUAAUGGCACGGUUGUAAAUCCUAUAGUUCGUGUCGCGCCGGCUGUUUUUCCACGUGAAGCCACCGGCCGUUCCCUGCAAUUGUGCAGUGCUGGCUUUUAGAGUCGGUGAAAAAUGACACGUUAAAUCAAACACACACUCGGUUGGGAACGUUUGAGUUUUAUUCAUCUGUCUUAUAAUAAUAAUAAUAAUGUUCUAUAUAGCUGGAUUUUAUGGUAGCACAGCAGCCUCCAGUGUUUUUCUGCUGGCUAAAAAUGAAAAGAGAUUAUUUCUGUUUAUUGAAAAAAAAGGCCUUUUGUUAUCACCACAGGGUUUGAAGUUAACAUGAAAAGAAACCAAAGAUGAAUUCAUCCUCAAUGACGAAAGUGAAGGCAAAUUUGAAAAGUUUAACCUUGGAAUUUUAGCUCAUCCCCAGCUUUGGUUAUUUGUCAAGCAAUUUUCUGAAUAUAAUAAAAUAAGAUUUUUUUAUUUUUUAUCGAGAACGAUAAGCACCAAAGUUCCAGCUGUUUCCCCUCAUCCCGUCCAGCUCAGUUUAGGCGAAAAUCUCCUCAUAAGUGAGAUUAGAAAAUCAUUAUCGCGGUUUAAUGAGCCUUCAUUGUUACCCCAACAAUGCGUUUCCCCAACAAUGCAGCUGUAAUAAACAAUCACUAAGAAGAUUAUGGAUGAUUAGUUUCUCCAUUUGCGGGCGACAAAUUGUCCGGCGUGGCUCCUCUGGUGGACUGAGGUUAUUGAAUAAAUAAUGUCGUACAUUCAUACGUGAACCUGUUUUUCAUUACCGGUCUAAUGAACAGUACAUAAAUAAGAGCAAAAUUCAAUGACAGAAUUUGUGAGUUGUGAAGCUGUCAGUUUACACUGUUUUGAGUUUCAAAUAUUUUUAUGGAUGUUAUAAGACAUAUACAUUUAUUCAUAUACAUGCUAAAAUAAGUAAAGUGUAAGCAAAACAACAACAAAAAUAAACAUCAAAACUCUUCCCUUCCUUAACCUACUUCAGCUGAGAGUUACGUUUACACACCAACAGUUUUGGGACUCAAGUUAAACAAGUUAAUGGUUAAACAAAGCUGGAUGUUGGGUUCAUACCAUAUAAAAAUAUAAGCAUAUCUUGAGGAAUGUGAUGGUCAAUACAGAAUGAUCUCAUGAUGAAGUUCAUAGGGAGAAUUUAUAGUGACUUUAGGUUCUCAAAAUACGAAAUAAAAGGCCACCAGAUGUUUUGGAAUUUUUCUGGAGAACUGCUCAGAGAAUAGCGGAUCUUUUCAAGGCUUAGACCCGUCAUGACCCGCAUCUCUCCACCUCAGUAAUGUAGCACGCCUGGCCAAAAGAAAAUGGAAGUAUUCGUCUUUUGUCAAUGCUAAAUUUUACAUCUUCGCCUGAGCUGCCAAACAGAGCCAGCAAAGGGGUCAAUAUUUUGGAGUUUUGAAGAUAGAUUUCCCCCCAAAAAACAGUACGUUUACACUGUUUUUAAGGCGGUAAACAAGGCCGAGAGGUUGCUGGUUUGACUCCAGCUCCGGCUUGUGCCGCUGUACCCCUGAGCAAGGUUCAGAUGGCUUGCUGUGUCAGAACCGUCAGAAGGACAAAUAAGUGGAUCAGGCAUUAAGACGGAGAAAAACAAACUUGAAAGAAUGAAAUUAAAAGAAAAAAUAUUUUCUCCUAAAAAAGAUGAUGCAUCCAGUGAGGAGCAUUUUUCGUCGCCAAAGAUCAGGAGAGAUUUGCUGGGCCGCUGGGCGAUGACAAACAGUGAGCAGCAUUUAUUUGCUGCAAUCAAAGUCUGACCAUCUCAGGAACAACAGGAUAUUGAGCCUGAAUAAUCUGGCUAUAUUGGGCUGUGGCGCAUUGAUCCAGCCGCCGCCUGAUGUGGCUUCGCUUCAUGUCGUCAUGUUGAUGGUGGAGCGUCUUAUAAAAAGACAAUGCUACGUCGACUAAAAAGCUAAUGUCUGUGGAAGAACAUUUUGGGAGGAUUUAUCCCUUGUUGGAGCCGAGCCAUAAGCAAGGUCCGAGUCAGCAGUAGCAAGGGGGCCCCGAACAAUGGAGCGAUGUCGGACUGCGCUAUCAGUCGGGACACUCUGAUGUUCAGACAAGCGAGCGAAAUUGGACAUUUAGAGAGUGAUUCCCUAAAAGAAAAUCAAUUAACCACUCAGAGAGCAGCAGCAGCAGCUUGUUUCGGAGUGUGAUAAAACAUUUAAGUGGUCCAGAUGGUCAACCUAAGGGGAAUCUUAACUCCACUGCUGGUAGAAGUUUUCUUUAUUCAUGUGCUGCGUGAGGUCAGUUGGAGAGCAUCGGUUCUUCGGUUCCGGCGUCCCUUCUGACCUGCCUUCAGACGCGACCACGUGGUCGCAUUUUAGUAGGGUUGGGUUGGAUAACUGUGGAUACGUGUCGUGAUAAGUGCCAGAAAUGUUCGUACUUCCUCAUUCGUCCGUGUUUUCAUCUCGCUCAUGGUUGAAUUUUGGUGUUUCAGUAACACUUGCGACCAACAAUAGCUGCCGUCGCUGCUUGACUCUGAAUUUCUUUUGCACUCAUGGGUGUGUCUCCAGUAUUGGAACCCAAAAAGGCAGAAACUGCGUCCUGCCCGCAGUUUGGUCCUGGAAACAACUGAUGGGUAAAUGAGGUAUCAUGAAACAGUACUGCAGGGUUAAUGAAACAGUGUUUUAAUUUUCAGAAGCCACUAGUUGACGCUCUUGGUUUAGAAAUGAUGCGAGGUUUCAUUGAAUUAGAUGCUCAAGUCCAAACAAUUUCCAGUGGACAGCACCAUCUAGUGGGCUCCGAAAAUCCGGCCACUGUUUCAUGAAGCCUCAUCAACCCUUAGAUACUGUGUCAUGAAUAGGAAUGGGCAUCAAAAUUCUCAUGAUUCGUAAAGAAAAGUAAAUUCCAGUUCCUCCGUUUCACUCCUGUCUGAAGUAAAGAUUUGUUAUUUUUAUUUUUCUAUAGAAACAGAAAAAGCACUGAAUAGUUGUAACAAGAUAUUUACCGACGUACAAGUGAGAAUUAUAUUAUUCAAUCUUUAUUAAAAAUUCUGCGACAACUACUACCACGACAGAUAGUAGUACCAUUUUCCCCUCAAAUUAAUAAGUGACUUAAAUAAAUGAUUCUAUAAAUCUUCACAACAGUUACUUCUCAAGAACAGAUUUUCACAAAUCAAAAUUGUUUGACCCCCACUUUGAAUUUAGACACAAUGCUAUUUAUGUAUGCUAGAUGCCAUUUUUUUGGGGUUAGGGCAGCUUUGUGUAAUUUUUUUUUCCCAUUUUUAUUUAUUUUAAGAUGUAGAAUUUGAACUUCAGUAUUGUAGAAUAUUUACUUAAAUAUAUAUACUGUUAUCGAUUCCCGACCGUGGAUUCCAACGACGGAUGGUAAAGCCCUCAGGCUUCAUCUCUUUUGCAGAGACAAGGCGACUGAUGCGUCAGAAAUGACGAGAGACCACCUUUUUUUUUCUAAAGAAUUUUAAAAUGAAGAAAAAAAUGGCUUCUGAGGCUGCAUUUUUCUCUUGCUGUGAAAAACUGCUGGUGCUCACGCGCCACUAGGGGUGCUGUCUGUGGAUGUAUUUUUUUUCUUCUUUCUUUUUCUUGGAGUGGACUUAUUUCCACUCUUGACAGCUGUCGAUAAAGAGGCAUGAUAAGUGUCUGGUGAUUGACAAUGAAGUUCUAUUCCUGUGUCACAGCAGUAAUAAGCCAAAGAAUUCAGAUGACACUGAAGCGCGGCAGUGCGGCUACCAAACAAAUUUGUUGAGUAAUUGUUUUCUCACAAGACAAUAACAGCGAAACUUGGGUCUAAUUGUGAGAAGUGAAAAUAAACUGGAGGACAGCGAAACGCUGCUCGAGUGCGUGAGAGUGUGUGAUUGCACUUUAUUAUGUGGCACUUCAUUAAGCUGAAAAAGCACUUUUCUUGGCGGUUUUUGCCCAGUGACAGCAAAAUAGCGCAUGAAAACUUGUCAAAGUUACUUUUCUUUAUCUUUAUAGUACAACUCAAUUGAAGCUCAGGUCAAGAUGGGCGUGUGGAUACUUUGUCAGUGGAGGAGCAAUAUGGUGUUUUUUAUUUGUUUCGUAAAGUUAAAAUGAUCAAAAAUAUCUCAGAAUUCAAAAUAUUACACGCAUGCUGAAUCACCAAGGGUCCAAACUUACAACCCAAAAUACCAGUUAUAAGUAGAGCUCUUUCAAGUUUGAAAAUAAUGUUGGGCCCCAUCUGGUGGUGGGGUCAGAACUGCAGACUCUUUGUUUACCUGUAUUGUUCCUCAUACACAUAAUGCCGCUCAGUGUUUGUGCGUUUCGGUUUGAGUUUUAAGUGUGUCUGUUUCGUAACCUAUUUAUUUGGAGCUCUUUGUUUUUCCAUAAUUCAAAAUAAAUGUGGAAGUAAUAUUUUCCUCACUCUUUAUAGCCCCAAUAUCUCUAUAGAUUUACUCACCUAUGCAAUUGUUGGUCUGUCAACAAAGUAACUCAAAAACAAGUCAAGGGACUUUGAAGUAAUUUUUCAGGGAACGUUGAUAACAAAAGCAGAGGACAACAUUUGGGUGGAUAUCUUUUGAAAGCUUUGUCACUACUGUGGUGUAGCGCAGGGGUCUCAAACUGGACCACCAAGGGGCCGGAGUGGGUGCAUGUCCCUUCAGACUGACUGGCAGAAAGGUGACUGUUUGGAAGGAAAACCUGCUCCUACUGCGGCACUGGUGACCCCUGGUGUAGAGAGUCCAACUACUCUUUCACUGCACCGAUACGGUGUCUACAGUUCCAGAAUACUAAUAGUGUUGUACUCGUGACUACUUAACCCAAGACCAGAGAAAACCAAGACUCGCGACCGGCUGAGCAUGAGUCAAGACCUGGGAGUCCAAGAGACCAAAGGUAAUACAGAUCCCAUUCGCCUUUUUGCCAUCAUGAAUGAACGCUACUGUAAUCCAACCUAAUCUAGGUCAUUUCCAGCCAGCCAUGAAAGUUUUAUUGAAAUAUGUUUGUGUGAAAUAUGUGAAAUAUAUUCUUUAUACUCUGGUUGCCAAUAGAUGGA